AGAAUGACGGAAGUAAAUCAAUGAUCAUAUGUGCAGGACAACAGUUAACUUUUAUACCGUUAUUUUAGCUAUAAAAAUCCCAGUGUUGAUCACAAGAAGUAAAUAAUGGACUUGCCGUUUGAAAUAUUAGUCUACAUUUUUAAAUACCUGCCGAAAUCUGAUAGAAAGGCUGCCAGUGAAACAUGUCGUGCGUGGUACCAAGCUGCAAACGCCCACUGUUUUCUAAAGAACAAAUUAGUCAUUUUAUACAAAAGUGCUUUCAAUGAAGAUACAUCUUUAUUACAAAUUUAUGAAGAUUCUUCUAUACUAUAUCAAAAUUAUUUAUUCAAUGAAGUGGAGAUAACUAACAAGUUACUGGGAUUCUGGGACAGAAUGGGAGAUUACAUUUUAAGCCUUACUCUAAGAAACUGUGAUAUUUGUGAAAAAGUGUUUGUACACAUUUUACAGAGAUGUACUAAUCUGGAAUCACUAACCAUCCAAAGCUGUAGAGAGCUAUUUAUGUCUGGGAGACUCUUAGAAGGAAAGACUGAAGGACUGUUGGCAGAGAAUCUAGAAAAUCUAAAAGUUCUUAGCUUGUGUGGUAAUCAGUACCUCACCGAUGCUCUGUUUAACAGGUUUAUAAUGGCAGCACCAGGGCUAGAGGAGCUCAACCUAUCAGCUUGCUCUCUUCAGUUCCACUUGGGCUUGGUCAAAAAAUUUUACCCAACAGGCACAGAUAUAUCCCAGAAUCCCUCUGAAAGUGUACUAACAUUUUACUUUGUGCACCAAUUUAUUACCUCUAAAGCAAGAAAUAUCAGAAAACUUUUAUUUUCUAAUACUCUUAUUGAUGGUGCAGCUCUUAAAUCUCUCUCAGAGACCCCAGAUCUUAAGCUACAAUCCCUUGAAGUGAGAUCUUGUGAUCAGCUUACAAACACUGGAAUCCUAUCCCUAACAACUCAUCAAACUUCCUUACGAGAGCUGGAUGUAAGCUUAUGUAGCAGAGUCACAGAUCAGUCUCUGGUUCAUAUCUGUAAGAAUCUAGUCAACUUGGAAUACCUUAAUGUGCAGAGAUGUCGAGCGGUCACAGACCUAGGAGUAAUGGAACUGCACCGGUUAAAAAAACUCAAGUCAUUAAAUGUGUCUGAGUGUGAACUGAUAACCAAAGAUGGGUUGAGUAAAGGCAUCUGUCCUGAAGAAAAUACUUUAUUAGAAGAAUUAGAUAUACAUUCAUUAAAUUUAGAUCAGACUGGGCUGAUUAUGAUUUUAGAAAAAUUACCUAAUCUGCAUUCAUUAGAUAUAAGUUACUGUUUCAAUGCAGUUACUGAUACAUCAGUUCAGGUGAUAUUUAAAAAUCAAGUAUUAUUACAGAGUUUAAAAAUGAGUUACUGUGACAAAGUGUCUGAUGUUGGAUUGACUGGCAUGGGAAAAUUGGAGGUAGAGGGAGAGAAUGAUGGGCCAAUAAUGUCUAGUUACGAUAACACAAAUACACAUCAAAGGAUUUCCCUUGGAUCCAGGGCCGAAGAAGAGAUAGUCCGAGAUGCUAAAAGAAAAUUGGAUGUUAUGAGAAUGUGUGAAAAAAUUAAUACUGAUACUUUCACAGGCUACUCUUUGGCUCGAUUAAAAAAUCUACAAGUAUUAGACAUCAGUGCAUGUAACAGGAUCACAGAUGUCAGCCUCACAUAUGCUUUUAACUUUAAAGAACUGUUUAUUUUGAACCUUAGUAGGUGUCAACAGAUCACCCGUGAAGGAAUAGUUCCUUUAGUGGAAAACUGCCCUAGUAUUGAACACUUCAAUUUGAUUGAUUGCUAUAAUUUAAGAGAUGAAGCAGUAACGGAAAUUGUGAAGGGAUUACACAGGCUCCAGACUUUAGAACUGAAGGGUUGCAACCAAUUGACAGACCAAACCCUAAAAUCCGUACAGAUGUAUAGCAGAAAACUGAAGUAUCUGGACGUCCAGGGCUGUCGCAACGUGUCUCCCGAGCUCGCGUGUCUGAUCGGCAGCAGCAUGCCAACUCUGCACACGGUGCUCAUGACCAAGCCGGGACCUUAUAUAGUCGACGGGGUCAAGCAAAGGACUCCGGCGGCUGCGUUUCUGCCGGCACUCAUGAGGAAAUUCCGGUUACAUUAAGACGAAAGUGGGCGACCCGCGCGAUCGUGGUCGCCUUUUCAUACGAAUGUAGUGCUCAUUGCUUCUCUGGAUAUUAAUAUUAUUAAAUAAACAUUUGGAGACAACUUAUUCUGGUGGACAAAGCUUAGGAUUAAUUCGUUCUUGUAUUCGUUAUAGUACCAUCGGCAACACUGUUAGCUGUACAUUUGUAAUCCUUAUUACAAGGGCAUAAAGACUAAGAGUGUUGCGGUUAGUAGCUGCCCCAUGCUACAUAUUAAUGUCCAGAAACUUAAAUGAGGACAAUGUUUGUAUGGAGAUCCCUAUCCUCUUUAUUUUUAAAUUAUUUAAUUUGACACACAGCGAGCGGCGUCGUAAGACAAACGGGCAAUGUAGACCUGCCUCGACCGAGGCAGCGCGUACGUUUUUCUGACAUUCGUGUAUUGCCUCGAUCGCAAGGCAUUUUCCACGCGAGAAUAUGGCCUAGCGACAAUCCUCGCUCGUGUGAAGCCGUCCACUUAUAGUCGCAGAGUAAAAAAGAAAAAACAUCGUUAAAAUAAUAAGUAGGUACCUAAAGAAGUUCUUCAAUUCAAGAAUGGUCAUUCAGGCAAUGACGUAGCUAUUCAAAACUGGUAUAAUAGUGUACAUAAUAAUUGUUGAUGUCCGGUGUCUAUGCCUAGCCAAAUGACAAUCUUUGCGCCGUAGAGAACGAUACGCUAAUCUCUCUUUGUGAUACUAAUACCUAUAGAAGUGAUAAGUAUUUAAAAGACAUUACCUUUUCGUUUGCUAUGUCGCAACGUUUGGCAUCUUAGUCAGGCCUCCUGUUGCAUGUACUCCACAUUGUAUUGUUGCGUCUCCUGAUCGCCUUAGGAAAGAGUUCGAACAUGAUAUUAUACGAGUGACAUAUUUUAUUUUAAUGUAUGUACCUAUAUGUGAUCCAAGAAGUGUAAAUAUGGUAUGUAGACCUAACUACCGUCGCCAUUCUUAUCGGACCAACCAAGGUCUAUCAAAAUAGCAUCGCCUGAAGGAUUGGCCAGUAUGUAGAUAUAGAUUUGUUGAGCUUGAUUGCUCCGAUAUAUCUGAUGGCAUCUAUACCUACGAAUACAAUACUGCAUUCCGUUAUAGACUAAUUAACAUCUUCGGUUUUAAAAUUUCCCAAAUAAUAAUGUAUUAUAUUUAUAAAAUUGACUCACUGGCAACGAAAGUGUUAGACCGCUAGGUUUUACUUGAGUAACCAUAUUAUGUUUGUACUUGUGAUUUGCCAAUACUAAUAAAGGUCAACUGGGAUCAUUGCGUCUAUGGGCUACAUGCACAUUCUCCAAAGGAUUACUAUGACUGCUUGUUAUUAAAUGUUAAAUUAUUUAGCCCACAUUACACUUAGUAUUAUUUUCUUAACUUCUUAAGAAAUCCCAUUUUUUUUUCAUAGACGCAGUAAUGCCAAUAAUAUUACCUAUGGGUAAACGUAGUAGUUAUAAAAUACUACAUAACCAUGGAAUGUUUUCAAAUAUAUUGGAUCGAACUAACUCCUCAAAGGAAAUUGACGAAAUUGUAGAAUAGCUGUGAUAAUUUAACAUUAAUUUAAUAGGUAGGUACCUAGUACAAAUUGUGCAUAAUAAUAAUUAAUCUUU